GAACAGAGUAUUCAAAUUUCAGAAUCCAUUUAUUAAGGUUUUGAAAAUUGUAUCUUUGCCACUGCUUUGAUAUCCAGAAUUUUAUAGUUUCUUCAACACUUUUGUACUGGAUGAUCCAGAAACCCAGCAAUUCGGUCCCUGUGGAAACCUCAAAUAUCAGGAUCUGAAGCUUCCAAUCUCUUAAAAAUCGCGUCUUUGCUGGUUUUUUUUCUUCGUCUUGGGUGUUCACACGAUUCUCAAUUCAUAGAAUCCAAAUCUUCCAAUCUCUUUAAAAAUAUAUUUAAUAAGUGUUCUUUCUCAUCCUGCCAAUCGAUUUUCUUAAUUUCUCAAUAUAUUUCAACUUACCACAAUAUUAGGCCCUUUUUUUUUGGUCGUCCAAAAUCUGAUUUUCUUAAAUUCUCAAUCUUUCUGCAAUUGGGUAAAAAAUUCCCAAUUUUUUUUUUUGUUAAAAUCUUUGACCGUCUUCUCUUGUUUUGACAAUUUUUCUUGGAAAUAAUCUCUAGUUAAUCCGCUGUCCAUGGAAAACUCAAUUCUCACGUCUAUUUCAUACAUCCCUCUCUUCUCAUCAUUCUUCAUCCUCAUCUAUUUUCUCGCCUACUUUGGAAUUUUUCAACAUUGGAGCCCCAAACAGCGCACCGAAGCUUCGAGCUGCUUCAUGUCAUUAACCCAUGGAACUCCCGCCGUUUUAAUGGCAGCAUUCGCCAUUGUCUCCCAAGCUCACCACAGCUUCGCCUCUCCCAAUACCAAUUUCCAAAACCUAGUACUCGACUUCAGCAUUGCGUACUUCCUGGUAGAUCUCCUCCACUACUUCAUCUUCUUCCCAGACGACUAUCUCUACAUAGCCCAUCACUUAGCGACCCUCUUCGUAUUCGUCACCUGCCGUUACCUUGUCUUCCAUGGCGCCUUUUCUAUUCUCAUCCUUCUUGCCCUCGCGGAGGUCACCAGCGCCUGCCAGAACACGUGGUCUCUCGCCAACAUCCAGAGAGUCGACGUGCCUGCAGCUGCCAGGCUGUAUGAAUUUUUGUCACCGCCCUUCUAUACACUUAUGAGGGUUUUUGCAGGGCCAGUCUUCACAUACAAGAUGGGCGUCUUCUAUUUGAGUGGUGAGGCAGAUAACGUGAUUCCAGGAUGGGUUUCGAUUUCUUGGAUGGUUGUUAUUGUGGCGGCGAUUUCAGUCAGCAGUAUGUGGAUUUUAAACAAUUGGAUGGAGUUGUAUAAAGAGAGAAUUAGGAGAUCUGAGAAGAAAACAAGAUAAAAGAGUGGGAAGAUUUUGGUUUGGCAAUGGAGAAUGGCUUUGGCAUUGUGGAGACCUAUUGAUGGAUGGAGAGAUUUUAUUGGUUUUUCCAUACUCUGUAAGAUUUUUUCUUUUUAUGAAUAGUUCCUGUAUAGAUUAGAUUAAUAACAGAUUAAUCUUGGGAUUGAGUAUUGAUUCUA